AUAAAAUUGCCCAGUUGCCAGCUGAGGACGUCUUGGGGAAGAGUGCUCCGACUCCGAUUUUGUGUGAAUCUUCAAUUCCUACACUACACUACAUGCAGCCUACUUUAUACAUGUAGGCCUACUUGCAGAACUCCUGCUACUAUUCUACCUCCAUGGUCCUAGUCAGCUGAACUCACAUCAUCCACAAUGGAGGGGAAGACAGUCAGCACCUGGGCCGGAUCCUUCUCCUGUACCCCGGAGCUCUACUUUGAGCCUGGCUCCAUCAAAGAAAUCAAACAGAUUUUGGAGUCGGCGCGUAAGGCCAGCAAACGCGUGAGAAUGAGCGGCCAGUUCCACUCCCCGUCCGACAUCGCGAUGACUGAUGGCUACAUGAUCAACAUGAAGAACUUCAAUCACGUCAUUGAGGUGGACAAGGAGAAAUGUCAGAUCACCGUGGAGGGAGGCUGCAUCAUCGAAGACCUCAACACCAAAAUACUCCCCGUGCACGGAAUGGCUCUCAGCAAUCUCGGAUCUAUGCCAAAUAUUACCAUCGCCGGAGCAAUCAGCACAGGUACCCAUGGCACCGGAAUCAAGCAUGGUAUCCUAGCAACGCAGGUUGUCCAGAUUGAACUGCUGACGGCACAGUGCGAGAUACUGCGAUGUUCCCGGAUGGAGAACGAGGACCUGUUCCGUGCCGCGCUGUGCAGCCUUGGAUGCUUGGGCGUCAUUGUCACGGUAACCAUCCAGUGCGAACCAGAGUUCAAACUUCACAAGAGGCAGAUGUCCUGCACGUUGGACGAGGUCCUUGACAACCUGGAUGACCACAUAGCGAAGAGCGAGUUCUUCCGCUUCUGUUGGUACCCACACACCGAGGGCGCUGUGAUGUGGUACAAUGACCGCACCCAGAAACCGCUGGUGUCCAGUGCCAGUUGGUUUCACGAUUACCUCCUGGUCUAUCAUAUCCUACAGUUCCUGUACUGGGUGAGUUCCUUCCUUCCGAGGCUGAUCCCUUCCAUCAACCGACUGUUCUACAACUGGUGUUUCACUGGUCGCCGCGAGGACGUCGCCAUCAGCCAUGCAAACUUUGCCAUCAAUUGCCUCUUCAGACAACACGUGACCGAGUGGGCCAUUCCCAGACGUCACACGGCAGUAGUGUUGCGAGAACUGAAAUCUUGGCUGAAUGCUAACAAAGACGUUAACGUUCACUUCCCAGUGGAGGUGCGAUUUGUUAAGGGUGAUGACAUCAUGCUAAGCCCCGCCCAUGGGAGGGAGACAUGCUACAUUAAUAUAAUCUUGUACAGGCCCUUCGGAAAAUUUGUCCCUUAUGCCAAAUACUGGGCAGCUUUUGAGAGGAUCGUGUACAGUGUCGGAGGAAGACCUCACUGGGCUAAGGCUCACAAGCUGACUGGAGCGGAGCUCAAGGUUGCCUACCCAGAGUUUGAGGCAUUCUGCAAGAUCCGCCAGCACCUGGAUCCACAGGGGAUGUUCUUGAAUGACUACAUGGAGAGGAUCCUACCCUAGGUCAAAGGUCAGACAUCACCCAGCAACGUCAACCUGGCGAAGAGUUCCCCCUCUGCAUUAUUUGCAGAGAGACCAAAAAUGACAAAUAUAUCCUUGUUUUGAUGAUCACUUUAUGAAUAUAUAUAUAUAUUUAGACUAUAGAAGAAUAUUUAGGCUUUUCUUGCUUUGAACACCUUAUUUGCACACAUGCUUUGGUCUAGCAUAAUCUUGUUUAUUGUGUAGCUGGUAUGAAGAAGUGAAAUACACUGUAACUUCACAUUUGUAAUGCAGUCGUGCCAGAUGAAAACAUAAUGCACAAAGUUUACAAACUGAAGCGUAAUCUGGCAGCUGAUUUCACCAACUGUGGCGUAACUUCGCACCAAGGAAUUUAGCCAAUCACCACAAAUUUGUGCCAUAAAGGCAAUAUUUUACUUGUGGUUAAUUUCUCAAAAAGUUACUCAUUUGGGCAAUGUUUCUAUUUACGUUAAAUUUCUUGAACGAGGACAAUCACUGCAUUUACGACAGCAGUUUCCUUACAAUAUGACAGUAGUCACUCCACUCGCCAUUUUGGAGGUUUUGUCUUUUCUCCAUUGGAACCAGGCAGAAAAUCUCAAAUUUCUCUCACAGCCAAACAAGUUUUCAUUACUUCCCUAAAAAACAAUGUUGUCCAUUCUUGUAUAAAACUUGUUAAGUUGAGCAAUAAUGAACCCUUAAUAACUAAACAUGAUUGUUUGUUAAAUUGUUCAUGUCCUCCUUGUUCAAUGUAACUUACGGUACAUAAACUGAUUCGUAAUUUACACCAAAAUUCAUUGUCAGGUCACAGACUCAAGCACUGCGCCACUUGCGUGAAAUGCUUCAAAAAUUGUCACACAGCUUUAACAAAAUGUGGUGUAGUGUGAAAUUAUGCCCUUGUGUAAAUUUGUGUGAAAUCAGCUGCAUGUCUGAAGUGAAUAUUGAAUAGAAAGUACAUGUACUUGAAACGGCCAUCAAAAAUACAUAAAAGACACCCGGCACAAAACAAAACUUCAUCAAAUGCCAGGAAACUGUACUCAUGCAUUGCGCGUGAAUGGCAGGGUGGUCUACAGAAAGAAGCAUAACUGGUUCUUGCCAGUCAAUAUAUUUUACAGUGUGUCCCCCGAAAGAAAAUAGUACUCACCAGAGAUUCACCUUGAUAAAACCAAGCAAUCAAAAGUGAGUUUCUGCCAUUUUCUGGUCCAGUUGCUGGACCCAAUCAAAAUAACAGUAAGUGCAUUUUAUCGUGAUAUGUUAUGAAAGUGUUACACCGUGGAACGCUCGGAGGAGUAACCUUGUUUUUUUUAGAAAGUGACUCAAUUCAAUCAUGAGCAUUUAAGUGGGUCAUUUUACACUGGGACGCAUUGUUUAUUUAUAUCCGUUCAUCCGAAAGCACAUCAAGCGUCGAUUACUGGAUGAAGUGCUAAUAAGAAGGCAAUGAAGAAAUGUUCAGUUUUAGAGGUUGAAGGAAAACCCAGGAUGAAUAUUCCAGGGCAAACCCUCAGAGUCAGGCAGGGACUGAAAACCCCAAUCCACAUGCUGACCCAUGGGAUUCGAAGCUGGUUUGCAGAGGUGGAAGGUGAGGAAAGAGCCACUUCACCAACCUGACUCCCAUUGUAUUAACGUAUUUACAAUAUAUCUUUCUGUUAGGGAAUCGCAUUUUGCCAGGGUAAUUGCAUUCCGAGCCUUUCGGGUACGUGUACAUUCCAGUUUUAGUGCUGAAAUACACACAGAGUAACAUUCUUGCCUUGAGGGAGGGAGAGAGGAAGCAGGUCUUGGAGAGGGUAUACAGCGAACCGAGCUUGAGCUCAUUAAUUGUUUCCCAGUGGAGUGAACAUGAUCAGGCCAUCUGUAUACGCAGGCACGGCUGACGGGUUAAAACAUCAAGUGUGCUUCAACUCAUCUCUGGCUAGCUGAUAUCCAAACCAGAGCGGUUUCUAGAGGGCAUCGCGACAUGAAUGCCUCUAUUGUUGAACCAAAAAGAGCGAUUAUCCAUCAGUGCAUACGGACAGUUACUGUGAGGUAGCUGCACGCUGUGCUUUGCACAUAAUAAAUAGCUAUUUGGGUUCCAUAGUCUGAACUUGGCAUCUCGCUUCUCUGUAUGCCGUUGUGAUCUGAACACUCACCUCCCCGUUUGCUUUAUGGAUGCGCUCACAGUCUGAGAUGUCUGUGAAGAAUCAAUAUCUGUGUGUUGAAUUGAACUUGGCUGCUGUGCGCAGCAUGUCGUGGUAUCGGGCGUACCCAGGAGUACAUGAAAACUAUGAAGUUACAGUGAGAAAUAUUGCACGUAUAAUUCUUGGGCAUCAGCAUUUGUGAU